AUGAGCACCGACAGGUGGCCGGAGGAGAGCACCGAGGGAGAUGCUGGGAGAACAGAGUGGAAGCCCACGGCCAAAGAUGCUUUCAAAGACAUUUCCACAUACUUCUCCAAGGAAGAAUGGACAGAGAUGGGAGAAUGGGAAAAAAUCCGAUAUAGGAAUGUGAAAAAGAACUAUGAAGCACUGAUUACUAUAGGUCUCAGAGCCCCUUGGCCAGCUUUCAUGUGUCACCGCAGGCAGGCCAUCAAACCCCAGGUGGAUGACCCUGAGGAUUCUGAUGAAGAAUGGACUCCAAGGCAGCAAGUUAAACUUUCUUGUGUGGCCUUCAGAGUGGAGCACAGUAAACACCAGAAGGUAAUGCCCCUGGUGACAUUAAGUAAUGAAUCUAGUUUGAAGAAAUUGCCAGGAGCAGCGCAACUGCAGAAGGCAAGUGGCCCUGCGCAGGCCCAGGGACCAGCGCCCCCUCCCAGAGCAGCAAGCACCUCUGCAAGGCACACUAGACAAGAGCUGGAACGCAGAACAAAGCAGAUUGAAGUGAAGAUGUAUAGCCUACGAGAAAGAAAGGUCCACGUGAACCAAGAGGUCAGUGAGCCCCAGGACGACGACUACCUCUAUUGUGAGAAGUGUCAGAACUUCUUCAUUGACAGCUGUGCUGCUCACGGGACCCCUACAUUUGUAAAGGACAGUGCAGUGGAGAAGGGGCAUCCCAACCGCUCAGCCCUCACUCUGCCCCCUGGAUUAAGUAUCAGACCAUCAGGCAUCCCUGAGGCUGGGCUUGGAGUAUGGAACGAGGCAUCUGAUCUGCCAUUGGGUCUGCACUUUGGCCCCUAUGAGGGCCGGAUCACAGAAGCUGAAGAGGCCGCCAACAGUGGAUACUCCUGGCUGAUCACCAAAGGGAGAAAUUGCUACGAGUAUGUGGAUGGAAAGGACAAGUCCUGGGCCAACUGGAUGAGGUAUGUGAACUGUGCCCGGGAUGAGGAGGAGCAGAACCUGGUGGCCUUCCAGUAUCACAGGCAGAUCUUCUACCGAACCUGCCGGGUGGUCAGGCCGGGCUGUGAACUGCUGGUCUUGUACGGGGACGAGUACAGCCAGGAGCUCGGCAUCCAGUGGGGCAGCGGGUGGAAGAGCCAGCUCGCGACGGCGGGCAGAGACCCAAAGCCCAAGAUCCAUCCGUGUGGCUCCUGCUCUCUGGCCUUCUCCAGUCAGAAAAUCCUCAGCCAACACGUGGAACACAGUCACCCGUCUCAGGUCCUCUCGAGAACAUCUGCAAGAGACUGUGUCCAACCACAGGAUCCCUGCCCAGACUAUCAAAAUCGGCAGCAGCAAUAUUCUGAUCCACACAGCUGGAGUGACAAACCUGAAGGUCAAGAGGUCAAGGAAAGCUCCAAACCUUUGCUGAAAAGGAUAAGGCUGAGGAGGAUUUCAAGGGCCUUUUCCUACUCUCCCAAAGGACAAAUGGGGAGCUCUAGGGCACAUGAGAGAAUGAUGGAGGCAGGGCCCAGCACAGGCCAGAAAGUGAAUCCAGAGGACACAGGCAAAUUACUUAUGGGGGCAGGAGUAUCAAGAGUUGUAAAAGUCAAGUACAGAGGCUGUGGGCAAGACUUCAGUCAAAAGUCACAUCUCAUCAGACACCAGAGGACACACACAGGGGAGUAGCCCUAUGUUUGCGGGGAGUGUGGGCGAGACUUCAGUCAAAAGUCACAUCUCAUCGGACACCAGAGGACACACACAGGGGAGAAGCCCUAUGUUUGCAGGGAGUGUGGGCGAGACUUCAGUCAUAAGUCACAUCUCAUCAGACACCAGAGGACACACACAGGGGAGAAGCCCUAUGUUUGCGGGGAGGCAACGGGGCUGGCAGUUUAUACACCCUGCCGCCACCGGCAGCUGCUGGCAGCCACGAUCCGCAUGCUGAAGCGGGGCUCCGAGGAAUGUGCGCUGCCUGACACGCGCUGGGCUCAGCCGAGGCGCCUGUCCUGUCCCCGGGACGCCUGCAGGGCCUCCACCUGA